AUGUCUGCUUCAGCAGAGUUCUUGGAUAUGACCAGAGGAGUGAGCUACGCCUUCGAGCUCCAAGAGAACGGCCGCAAGAAAGGCCUGCCGGAUCAUGUCGUCUUGGCCUUCCAUCGACUUUUAGUCAACGACGUACCGCUGCAUACUCGCUUGGUGAUUGCGCCAAGCACAGCUCAGUUGUCCAUCAGGGAGGGGACUUCUGAGACCGUGCUGCUUGGCGAUCUCGACUACCUUGUCUGUGCUGUGAAGCAAGGCGCGUGGGGAGCACAUUGCAUGAUGACUCUGGGCUCGGCGAGGCUCCACGUUGCAUAUGAUCCUGCCAGCGACGAUGUCAUGGUUCGCAGCGUCAACCACAAACCGGUUCAUUUUCAGCGCCAUCUGCUCAAAGUGAAAGCUGAAAGAAAGGCUGGUGGCCCUUCUGCGGUGCAGACGGUACAACAAGGCGAGUACGUGCGAGUUACGCCGGGCCAUUGGGUGAUCUCUUCCCACGAAAGCUUCCACUUGGCCAAUGUCUGGCUCUUGCCUAGGUCGUUUAUGGUCUACCGUAACGUUUCCUCUGUACCGAUUAUCGGUCAAAAACGCCUGCCCGCGAACGCCGUGGGGUUGUCCAAAAAGAGGCGGACAACGACUGGCACGCAGAUCGUUGAUUCCAGAAAACUGAGCAAUCAGCCACCAGAAGACACAGCAAAGACUGAUCAGGGGAACUGCCUGCUUACACUUGGACUCGGCCAGACAGCUACGAUGACCCUGAAAAAGCGCCGCCAUUCCCGGGCGGCAGAUGAACGCAGUGAAAAGUCUUUAGUAGCUGUCAAGAUCUUGCGCAGUUCCCGGGCCAGCUCUUUACACGAAAGAGCCCGGAUCUUUGACAACGAGGUUAAGAUGACCAGGGGACACAACCAUGAGAACAUUGUCGGAUUUCAUGGCGCAGACGCGAGAUGCCAUGCAAUAUUCCUGGAAUACUACGACCACCCGAAUCUCGCAUCUUACACAAGCCCCUUGACGCAUCUGUACAGCGGCACAAUUGAGGACACGCGGGCCCCUCAGAACAUCCUGUACACUCCGGGCCAGCCUCCCAUCCUGAUCGAUUUCGGUGCAGCUGGGCCAGAAGGCUCGACCCCUGAUCGAGGGACGGCGCUCUAUCGUGCACCAGAGUACGCCUUUGGGGAAUAUCUAGGCUUUGGAAGUGAUAUCUUCUCGCUGGGCGUGACGGGGCUGUUCUUGCUGCGGCUCGUCAUGCUCCCCGAAAAGUACCUGCAGGUCUGGGACGAUCGCCAUGGGUCAUGCGACGGCUCUGAGAGCGGACACGGACCCGACUUGGAUGACUGGCAGACACUUCUGCAGAGGAAGUGGGAGCUGAUGCCGUGCAAUGGACUGCGUGGCCUUGUGAAGGGGGCUUUGGCGCCCACAGCGGUAGAGAGGUAUUCGGCUCGGGAGAUGGCCGAAGUGCUGGAGGAUGACCCUGAGAUAGAGUGA